AUUUAUAAAAACAUAAACAAAAACAAAGUAGCAAUAAAUGUACAAAAUUUAUAAAUUAAUUGAGGAAUAUGAGCGCCGCGACCCGGAGUUUCCCUAAUGGGAAUCAUAUCAUGGCAUCACCCGCCUUGGAGCACAACCGCCUGGGAAUCCCCUCCAAUACCGAAACCAAUAAUACAGCAAUCUGCCGAGUUUGCUUGGCAAAAGAAAGGGUAAUGGUCAAUAUAUUUGAGGCACCGCCAGGAUCAAGCACCUUGAUUGCUGAUAUGAUUUCCCAGUGUACUGGAAUUUACAUUUCCCAAAGACAAGCCUAUCCCAAGACCAUAUGCCGACCCUGCAUGCUGGAUGCCCAAAAUGCAUACGAAUUCAAGCAGACAUUCGAGAGGAGUCAGCAGUAUUUCAGUCAAAUUAAGGAACAGGUCGAAAUACUACCAGAGAACGACGAGGGAACAGAUCAAGAAGCGAUGAAGGAAGGCUUUGAAAUAUGUUUUCUGGAGGAAGAAGAACCAAAACCACACGAAGUGAAAAAUGAGCCAGAAAAUCCAGCUCAUAUUUCAGAUAUUUCCGAAGCAAAUUCCGCCGAAAGAGAUGACAAUGCCACCUUUUCUGCGGCGGAGCGUCCAUUUAAGUGUUCCCAAUGCCAGAAAACAUUUAUUCGCAAACAUCAACUUGCCACACACAUUCGAAUUCACACUGGAGAACGACCCUUCCAGUGCGAACAUUGUCCCAAGUCCUUUACACAGAAACAUAUUCUAAAGCUACACCUUCACACUCAUACGGGGGAACGGCCAUUCAAGUGUUCCCACUGCCCCAAGUCCUUCGCCCAGAAGUCAACUCAGCAGGCCCACAUUCGAAUACACACGGGUGAACGGCCUUAUGAGUGUUCCCAAUGCCCGAGAUCAUUUUUCCAGCAAGCCCAUCUUCAGAAACACCUUCGCAAGCACACUGGGGAAAGGACCUACCAGUGCUCGCGCUGUCCACAGGCCUUCGCAGAUCGAUCCAACUUUCAGAGACACUGUAGAAUUCAUACCAAAGAACCCAAGACAAGAUAGGUUUUAUUGAGAAAUAAUAAGGAAAAUGAUAUCUGUAGAUAUUGAAAUUUGUUUUGAAGUUGUAAAGAAAAUGUGGUUUAAGGAGUA